AGCUUGUAUGAUAGUCUAUGGUAUGAUGUAUGAUGUGUGUACUCCGCUGGCGUUCGCCUCGUCCGAUCGCCGCAAAACGAGGCCAAAGCCGAACCAAGAAAAGUCAAGAGGUUAAGGGGUCAACGACGGGUGGUGCUAGUUUAACCACGAUUGAAUCCUCGGGCCGGGAAGCAGCUGAAAGCGCCUUGACCGAGAGUGCUUGCAGCGGUUUUCUUGGGGCAUUACCGGAUCAGAAUUUUGCAAAAACCUUGGUGAAGAGCCAACACCGGAAGCUGGCCUUUCACGAACCGAGGCCAUGUGACAUCUGCAACCGGGUUUAUAGGGAUGCGGCAACUUUACGACAACAUACCUUCACGAUGCACUCGGCAGGAACACACGUUUGCGGUUGUGGCGCUUAUUUUUACACGAAGUACGACAUGCUGAUUCACAGAAAACAGGCUCAUUUCUGAACGCCCUCGCUUAUAGUGAGCCCUAACACGUGUAAAAAGUUCCUAACUCAUUAACGGCGGUAAUAACAUCACCAAAUCAAAUUUGUUAAUAUACUAUAUUACAUAUGUAUGUCUGUAGUGCAUAGGCAAUUAUUUACAUAACUCGUAGAUCACUCGACAAUGUCGACUUAUAUUCAUAUGUAUAAAAAAUUUCCGUGCUACCACGGCGAAGAUAUAAGAAGUCAUUCUAACCAUAAGCGUGUCCUGGAUGAACGCCUUUGAUCAGUGAGCAUCGGUUGCCGUGGAGAUCAAGAGGGUUGUUUACGGAACAUAUUGCGACCUGCACCUACUGCGUUGCAAAAGAAGAAGCGAAUAUUCAAAAGUUCCAGCUAAUUUUCGAAAACAGAAACCGUGACAGGAACAUAGAAUGGAAGUCGAUGAGGAAUCUGUGAAGAGCGUCAUACGGGAUUCAAGUGCGACGGAAGAGGAAUUUCAAAAUUUCAUGCACCGUGUACAUCAGGUUG